AUGCUGAUGAAGCAGCGCGUCGAGGAGAUGGAGAAGGAGGCCGCGAAGCUGCGCGAGAUGCAGGAGGCGGCGGAGAAGGCGUCUGAGUCGGGGGUCAGUGGGGGCGCGCCCAUGGACACGGAGGAGGACAAAACGGCGGCAGACAACCGCAGCAUAUAUGUCGGAAAUGUCGACUAUAGCGCGACGCCAGAGGAUAUCCAGGCGCACUUCCAGGCGUGCGGCACGAUCAACCGGGUGACGAUCUUGUGCGACAAGUUCACUGGGCAUCCGAAGGGGUAUGCAUACGUCGAGUUUGCUGAGCCUGAGCAUGUCGAUGCCGCUGUCACAAUGGACAACUCCUUGUUCAAGGGUCGGUUGAUCAAGGCGGUUACCGCGGCGGAUACCGCGGGGGCUACCGUGGCUAUUCGCCAUACCCAAGAGGGCGGGGAAGCCAUGCUCUCCAACGCGGUCAAACGAUGGCCGCGUCUGAUGUCUACCAGGACUGGCGCGUCCGCUGCCUCCGCUUCCAAGGCCGCGCCCCCACCCCCGGCACAUAAAGCCAAGCCCGCCUCCAGCGAGCCGCAGCGCAGGCCGCCCGUGCAGCCCCGGCCCUACCCCUUCGCACUCAACCCCAUUCGCAUCGAGCCCACCGCGACCCUUCCGCCAGAGCGUGUGCUCAAAGGCAAAGGUGUCAUGGAAUACGUGAAGGACACGCUGCCCAACGCGCGCCGCAAGGCCGUCGCGGACCGCCUCUUCGGGCGCAACUCCCCCCAGCGGGUGCCCAUUGGCUCGGUCCUGACUGUGCAGCAAGAGCACGCGCCGACGCAGUUCACGGGUGUGUUGCUGGACGUGCGCCGCCGCGGCCCGGCGACGAGCUUCCUGCUUCGGAAUAUCGUGCAGCGGACGGGCGUGGAGGUGCGCUUCUUCGUGUACUCGCCGCAUAUCAAGGAUAUCAAGAUCAACUCGCGCGCGAGGGGGACAAGGAGAGCGAAGUUGUACUACUUGCGGGACUCGCCAGAGAAGAUGAACGCUAUUGCGUCGGGGAGGGCCAGAUAAAACCUUCCCUAUACUCCUCGGGAGCGUGCCCUUGAUAGGCGGUGGAAUAUGUCGGGAGCCCUUCAUAUCAUGUUCCCUCUAUUAUUCCUCGGGCGCUUACUGGUAGUGAUAAUGCAUGCCCCGCCUCAUCCGA